AUGACUAAGAUCGACGCUCUCCGUCGAUUCUUUCUCCCUUGUCUCUUCCCCAACUCCGCCACUUCCUCCACCGCGCAAACAACUCCUCUCAAGAAACGAUUCAGCACCUCCUUAAGAGACGACUUCAACGAACCCUCCACCACCACCAAUGCUAAUCAAGAAGAUCAAAACCCAAACCAAGAUCAAGAAUCAACCUCUCCCGAAGAUAGCGUCACCUCUCUUCCAAUUGCCUCCUCUCGCCCCUCCAAGUCCAUGGUAAUCGGUACCAUCUUCGGUCAACGACGUGGCCAUGUCUGGUUCUGCGUUCAACACGAACGUCAAUCUACAAAACCCUCUCUUCUCCUAGAACUCUCCAUUCCCACUCACCAGCUCGUCAAAGAAAUGCGUUGCGGACUUGUACGGAUUGCUCUCGAGUGCGCCCGACCCGAACUCUGUUCUUGCCCGCUCAGAUCUGUACCGGUUUGGAUAAUGUACUGUAAUGGGCGGAAGGUGGGUUUUGCGGUUCGGAGAAAAGCAAGCGGGCAGAAUCGUUUGAUGUUAAAGACAAUGGAGUCCACGACUGUUGGUGCGGGUGUUAUUCCAGCCGGGUUCGGGACUUCGGGUUCGGAAGCGGAGGAGAUCAUGUACAUGAGGGCGAAUUAUGAGCACGUGAUGGGAAGUGCUGACUCGGAGUCGUUUCGUUUGAUUAACCCAGAUGAGUACCCGGGUCAAGAGUUCAGUGUGUUCUUGCUUAGAUCAAGGUGA